UGGAGAAAUGUAUGAGCUCCAUGCAGAUGGGGACCCAGAUGGUGAAGCUCCGCGGCGGCCCCAAGGGACUGGUGCGCUUCUUCUAUCUGGACGAACACAAGUCCUGCAUCCGCUGGAGGCCCUCACGCAAGAAUGAGAAGGCCAAGAUCUCCGUGGACUCUGUGCGGGAGGUGUGUGAGGGGAAGCAGUCAGAGAUCUUCCAGCGCUACUCCGAGGGCAGCUUCGACCCCAACUGCUGCUUCAGCCUGUACUACGGAGAGCACAUGGAGUCCCUGGACCUGGUGUCGGGCACCGGGGAGGAGGCCCGCACCUGGAUCACCGGCCUCAAGUACCUGAUGGCCGGCAUCAGUGACGAGGACAGCCUGGCCAAGAGGCAGCGCACCCGAGACCAAUGGCUGAAGCAGACCUUCACGGAGGCCGAUAAGAACGGUGACAGCAGCCUCAGCAUCGGAGAGGUUAUGCAGCUGCUGCACAAACUCAACGUCAACCUGCCCCGACAGAAGGUCAAACAGAUGUUCAAGGUAAGACAGGAAUUAUUUACUUUAUUUGAUCAUUUUACA